CAGCGCGGCCGUUGCGGGCCGGCCCGCGGGGCUGGGGCUGAGGCCGAGCCGAGCCGGGCCCGCGCACCGGUCGGGCGCCCACCAUGCGGCGGCUGCGGCGCCUGGCGCACCUGGUGCUCUUCUGUCCCUUCUCCAAGGGCCUGCAGCAGGGCCGGCUCCCGGGCCUCAGGGUCAAGUAUGUCUUCCUGGUCUGGCUGGGCGUCUUUGCGGGUGGCUGGCUGGCGUACGUGCACUACGCAUCCUACGUGGAGCUGUGUCGUGGGCACGUCUGCCAGGUGGUCAUUUGUGACCAGUACCACAAGGGCAUCAUCUCGGGUUCCAUCUGCCAGGACCUGUGCACCCUGCACAAGGUGGAGUGGAGGACGUGCCUCUCCUCCCUCCCGGGCCAGCAGGUGUACAGCGGGCUCUGGCAGGGCAAGGAGGUGACCAUCAAGUGUGGCAUCGAGGAGAGUCUGAACUCCAAGGCCGGCUGGGACGCGGCCCCCCGGCGGGAGCUGGUGCUGUUCGACAAGCCCACGCGGGGCACCUCGAUUAAAGAGUUCCGGGACAUGACGCUCAGCUACCUCAAGGCGAACCUGGGCGACCUGCCCUCCCUGCCUGCGCUGGUCGGACAGGUCCUGCUCAUGGCCGACUUCAAUAAGGACAGCAGGGUGUCGCUGGCCGAAGCCAAGUCAGUGUGGGCCCUGCUGCAGCGGCAUGAGUUCCUGCUGCUGCUGUCCCUGCAGGAGAAGGAGCACGCGUCCCGGCUGCUGGGCUACUGCGGGGACCUGUACGUCACCGAGGGCGCCCCACCCCGCUCCUGGCACGGGGCCGCGCUGCCGCCCCUCCUGCGCCCGCUGCUGCCGCCCGCCCUGCACAGAGCCCUGCAGCAGUGGCUGGGGCCCGCGUGGCCCUGGCGGGCCAAGAUUGCCAUCGGCCUGCUGGAGUUCGUGGAGGAGCUCUUCCACGGCUCCUACGGGACCUUCUACAUGUGCGAGACCACGUUGGCCAACGUGGGCUACACGGCCAAGUACGACUUCAAGAUGACCGACCUGCAGCAGGUGGCGCCCGAGGCGGCCGUGCGCCGCUUCCUGCGGGGCCGGCGCUGCGAGCACAGCGCCGACUGCACGUACGGCCGCGACUGCAGGGCGCCCUGCGACAAGCUCAUGAGGCAGUGCAAGGGCGACCUCAUCCAGCCCAACCUGGCCAAGGUGUGUGAGCUGCUGCGGGACUACCUGCUGCCCGGCGCCCCCGCCGGCCUGCGCGAGGAGCUGGGCACGCAGCUGCGCACGUGCACCACGCUGAGCGGGCUGGCCAGCCAGGUGGAGGCGCACCACUCGCUGGUGCUGAGCCACCUGAAGACCCUGCUCUGGAAGGAGAUUUCCAACACCAAGUACUCCUGACGGGCGACUGGGGUCCCCCACCGACCACUCCAGAAGGGCGGCCUGGAGUCUGAUGCCAAGGACUGUGACCCCACUCUCAAGGGGCCGCCUGUGGCCCGAGAGAGCCACCCUUACCCUUGGGGCCUCCUCGCUCUUCACCUUGCCACCAGACAAAGGACGGGGCUGCUCAGGUCCAGCCCAGUAGUCCUUGGGAUCUCCUGGCAACCAGAACUUGGACAGGCUCACCCUGACGCUCCCUUUCCCCAAGGUGUCCCUCUCUUGAUCCCAACAGCCCGGACAGACAAGGACAGACAACCGUUUACCUGGAAGUCGGGAGGCAGGAAGGACCCAUGCAGGCCAAGUUGGGUUUUGUUACUUUGAAGAUGUAAUGUAAAUAAAUAGGUUUUCUGUGAG